GUCAUAUUUUGUGCUGUUGACAAGUUUAUCGCACCACAGUGAGCAGAUUAAUGUAAGUAGCAUCUUUUGGCUUUUCAUGAUUGUUUUUUUGUUUGUUUGUUUGUUUUUUGCUAAACUAAAACACAGUCUUAACAAGUCUUGUACUACACAGUGGCAUGGCAAGGGGCAUUACCAUGCUCUGAUCUUGUAGAGCGAGGAUCUGUUAUCCCGGAGAAGGGUAGAUGGUACUCUUCAUUUUAUUCCUAUUUAUGACCUUCACUCCCGCGAUACGUUGUGCAGAAAUUUCCAGUCAUUGUUAGUUCAGCACCACACAUGGUAAAAACUGUCACUUGGUAUUAACAUGCCAAGGGCUGUUGCUCACAUGUUGCUCUAAUGAGAUGAUAUGUUUCUUAAAAUGCCUAUGGCAUUUUAUGUACUAGUUUUCCCAACAGUGUGUUGUUACUGUGAACCAGUGGUAGCAGUAGAGAAUUUUCCCCAGUGGGGAAUUUUCCCGUCAUGGGGAAGUUUCCUGAAGGAGUAGGUGGAGUUAAUCAACAUUUAAGUGCUGUCACAAGAAGACUUGGGCAAAUAGUUUUGUUCUUCUUGUCAUCUCCAUUGGAUUGUGAGGGAACCAAACAGCCAGCAGCACUGAAGACUAUUUUUUGCUGUGAAUAUCUUUUUGCUUUUAUAGAACGGUAUUAUCCAUAGAUACCAGAAAUCAUCAGGAGGAAAGAAGGGGCAUUUUGGUAGGUUCUGUAAGAAAAACAGUGAGCUUUGGUGAAGAUCUUUGAUUGGCAUCUGGGUCUCAAGCUGGUUCAACUGAGCCAGCUAGUGUCUGCUUCUGCUCGGGGUGAAACAGAAGAAAGGUCUGUAAUGGUUACUGCAGCAAGUUUUUUCACGUGCAUUUGGAUUUGACCUGGACCUACUUUUCUUCUCACUGGAAGUGAAAAAUUGAUUACGACAGCAUACUUUCUUGGUCUUGAGGAAUUUUGUUCUACCUGCAUCAUGGAAAAGCCUUUGCUUCUGUGUAUGUUUUCAUUCUACUGGCAUUUCCUAAAUGCUUUAUUCACUGUUGAAGCUCCCCAGUCACUCUACACCGUGGAACUAGGCAACAACGUGACCAUGGAAUGCACAUUUCCAGUGAAUGGGAAACUAAAGUUUAGAGAUUUAAGUGUCAGCUGGGAAAAAAAAGAUGAACUUGGAAAGGAUGUGUAUGUACUUCUCAAAGGAGAGGAAGACUUCAAAAGUCAGCACAGUGACUUCAGGGGGAGAAUAAAAUUGUUGAAAGAGAAUCUGAAGCUGGGGCAGUCUCUCCUUCAGAUCAUGGACGUGAAACUCAGAGAUGCAGGGUUUUACCGCUGUCUUAUUGACUAUGGGGGAGCUGACUACAAGACCAUCAAUCUGAAGGUUCAGGCUCCUUAUAGAAACAUAACCCAAGGAGUGGUGAGCACAGGAGACAAGGAAUGGAAGUUAACCUGUCAAUCAGAAGGAUACCCAAAAGCUGAAGUGAUAUGGCAAAAUGGAGAAUAUGAGGAUUUGACUGAUAAGGCAGAUACAAGUUAUGAAACUGGAAGUGACCAGCUGUAUCGUGUGACAAGUACACUCACAAUCAAAAAUAGGACUCACGAGAAUUUUCGUUGUAUCUUCUGGAAUAAGGAGCUUCAAAAAAAUACAUCUGCAAUUUUAUACAUAGCAGAUUCAGCUGAUGAUGUGCUGCGGACUGACAGCAGACGCUUUGUUGGGGCAAUUCUCGUUGUGACUGCUCUUGUUGGAUCAGUGCUAUUUAUUCUCUGCAUAAGAAAAGCUAGUACAAGUAAGGACAAGGGAAGGUGCAUGGCUAACUCAUCAGUGAAUAUAGCAAAGCUGCCAAAAGAUAAGGAUACACAUGACUGGAGAGGUCCUCCUUUUGAAGAGGAAGAGUUGAAAUAUAUACAGAUUGAGAAGACUUAGAGAAAGCAAGGAAAGCUUUCUGAAGGUUUGAUGGUUCUGCUGUUCUGUGCUCUGUGUAUUCAGGGAGAUACUAAUAUUUUGUUUUUAUUCUGUGGUUGCAACCUUCUUCCAUACCAUUGUAACUCAGGAAAACUGCAGUGAAGUUAAUAGAAUUAUCAUAGCAUAAAAGGCCCUUGGAUUCAGGCCUCUGUAUAUGUGACUAUGUAUGAAAGUGUUUAUUUAAAUGUCCACAUUUCUGCUUUCUCAAUUUUAUGCACUUUCAAGGACACAUCCUAUUUAAAAAUAUCUUUAAGGUAAAGCACUUUAGGUUCAUGACCAUAAGGAAUUUCAUAGCUAAUUCUUAAAUAGUCCAUGUUCUGGACUUUUUUUAUUUUUUUUUUACCUGCCUGAGCUCUCAGUUCAGUGUAGAGAUUUUUUUUCCAGCUUGUAAAGAAUGUUUUCAAUACUUUGAUCCACAUAAAAGAUACAGGUGCAACAGGAAAAGGUGCCAUACAUACAAGGCAUUUUCUGUCUUAACUGUAGAUCUUAAAAUAUUGGCUACUCAGAGCUAAGUCUGAAAUGGGCAUUGUAACCUUCUUGACAACUGUGAUUGGGAAAUUAUUAGAUAAUACUAAGCUCCUUUCUCUGAAAAAGUUGUUUUGGGGAUUUAAUUUCCUUUUGAUAUAGCUGGCACUACUUGGUUACUGCUUGUAACUCUUCUGAUUUACCAUUUGGGGAUAAUGCAACUCUUUGGACCUUCAGAAAGAACAGCUCUUGAUUUGGACUACCUUUUUUUCAACCUGGAAACAGAAGAGGAACCUUCUCGCUGUCAGGACAUGAAAUGUAUGUUCUUGUGAUUAGUUCAGAAAUGCUUAUGGAAUGUACUCCUGGAUCCCAUUUCCUAAAGCUAUUGCUUUGUUACAUUUUUCAAGGUGCAUAGCUUGUUUGUUUGUUCGUUUGUCAUACACAGAUUAAAAUUAUUUAUUGCAACGCUGUUCACAGUUAUAUUCCAUUAUAUUUUUUUAAUAAAAUAUGUUUCAUUU